CCCCCCCCUCUUCCUCCUCCUCCUACUCCUCCACCGUCUUCACUUAAUUCAAUCCCUCUCUUCCACCCCUCAAUCUUCCUCCUCCUCUAUACUUACAGUCCUCUCUCGCCGAUUGCCUAUAUAAUUGCCUUCAGAUCAUUCCUGGAAUCUAUCAACUUGCCGUACCUACGAUCAAUUUCCCGCCCUUACUCAUUUCUCCACCCGGUUUUUAUCGCCCACAUCGGUCGCUUCGGACAGUCCCGGAAAGCUCCCUCGAGUGCUCAACACGCCAUUCUUUCUCUCUCCCUAGACCUCUUCUCCAGUCGACACAACCCGAUCAAAAUUCUUAUUUUACACCAUCACGAUGCACGCCACCAUGGUCCUCCGUAACGCUGCUCGCACCCCUCUCAUCCGUUUCCUCGGAAAGCGCUCUGUGCCUAAGUCCAUUGACCACACUCCUCGUGCUCACCCGGCUUCUCCUACUGGUGUCCUUCCCGAUUCCUUCGCCGCCUAUCGCUCCAAGGCUCAGCAGCAUGGUCCCCUGGGCCGUGCCUCUUUCUCCCAGGGCAUCGGUCGCGCCUCGGGCGCUUCUCUGGGGCCCAUCCACCCCAAGCAGGGCGAAUUCUUCGACCGUGCUGAGCUGCCCUCCCGUUUCCACCGUCUGCCCUGGACCGAGGCCGAGAUUGAGGCCGUUGAAACCGGUGGUGCUAGCCUUUUCGCCUAGAUGCCAAAGAAUGUCCAAUGAGGAGAUGACGCGACGAUAAAGGUCAUUUAACAUUGACGGGAUGCACGACAAAUGAUGUCACGUUGCGAUGAGAGACUCGUGGCCUGGGCCACGGCACCUGCGCGCCCGUGUCAGGAAGGACUACCAGGGACUCCGUGAGGGUCACCGUCUUCCCUCGCAUCACCUCAACUUGCACGUCACUUUAUUCGGGACCGGAAGCACUGUCGCAUACCUGUGAUGGGUCACUCAGUUGGCAUGCCCAGCCUGGAGGCUGAUCUGGUCCCUCCUCUCUUCUUUCCGCCUCUGCUUCUCUCAUUCUCUGAUUCGAACAUGGCGCUGGUGGUUGCUAGUCUUCAUGCUUAGCGGUUUAGGAUUUUUGUUCUUCUUUUGGGGCGUGCUUGCUACAUGUGGGAUAAUCUUUUUUCUGUCUGUUUGGGACAUGAUGAGCUCUAUUGAGAUCUAUUCAGACUUUUGUGUAUAGCUGAG